AAUCCCACCAACACUUUACUAGUAAUAAAUUAAUUAAUUCAACUACCAGCUACUUAAUUCUUCCAACACUUCUAUAACCUCCUUUUCUCUUCUAACUCACCCACAAUGACCUCAAUCACAUUAUUCCUAAUUCUCAUCACACUAUCUUCAUUAAUCAUACCAUAUUUUCAUCUCCCAUUAGCAUCAUCAUCAUUAAUAUCACCUCCAAGCAAUCAAGGACAAUGGAAUCUAUUACAACCAACCAUUGGCAUAUCAGCUAUGCACAUGCAACUUACACACAACGACAAAAUCAUAAUUUUCGACCGAACCGAUUUUGGUCCAUCAAACCUCCCUCUUUCAAAUGGAGAGUGUCGUAUGGACCCAUACGACACUGCCCUUAAAACUGAUUGCACUGCUCACUCCGUUCUAUACGACAUUUACACAAACACCUUCCGCUCAUUAACAAUUCAAACAGAUACAUGGUGUUCCUCUGGCUCCGUUCUCCCAAACGGAACGUUGAUCCAAACCGGUGGUUUCAACGACGGAGAACGCCGUAUCCGAAUGUUCACACCAUGCUUCCACGAAAACUGCGAUUGGAUUGAAUUUCCAAGUUACUUAAUCGAAAGAAGAUGGUAUGCAACAAAUCAAAUUCUACCAGAUAAUCGUGUUAUUAUCAUCGGUGGUAGAAAACAAUUCAACUACGAAUUCUUUCCUAAAACAAUAACUUCUUCUGAAUCAUCUCCUUCAUCGAUUCAUUUACCUUUUCUACAAGAAACUAACGAUCCAAACGAAAACAAUUUAUAUCCAUUUGUUCAUCUUUUACCAAACGGAAACCUAUUCAUUUUCGCAAAUAAACGAUCCAUUUUACUCGAUUACAAACAAAACCGUGUCGUUAAAGAAUUUCCCGAAAUUUCAGGUGGUGAUCCACGUAACUAUCCAAGUUCAGGCUCAUCGGUUCUUCUUCCAUUAGACGAAAACCUAAACUCAAUUGAAGCUGAAAUCAUGGUUUGUGGUGGUGCGCCACGUGGCGCGUUUGAAGAAGCUUCCAAAGGAAACUUCAUUCAAGCACUUAACACGUGUGGAUUUCUUAAAGUAACAGAUUCAAAUCCUAAUUGGAUUAUGAAAAAUAUGCCAAUAGCAAGAGUAAUGGGAGACAUGUUAAUUUUACCUAACGGCGACAUUAUUAUAAUUAACGGCGUUGAAUUAGGUACAGCCGGUUGGGAAAACGGACGUCGACCGGUUUUAACGCCGGUAAUUUACCGGUCAUCGGUAACGGUAACGGAAUCUCAACGGUUUAGUAUAAUGCAAAGAGCUUCAAGGCCAAGACUAUAUCAUUCCUCUGCGGUGGUUUUAAGAGAUGGAAGAGUUUUAGUUGGUGGAAGUAAUCCACAUGUGAAUUACAAUUUCAGUGGAGUUGAAUUUCCAACGGAUUUAAGUUUGGAAGCGUUUUCUCCGCCGUAUUUAUCACCAGAAUUUGAUCCGGUGCGUCCAAUUAUAAGGCACGUCACCAGUUAUAUAUUAGGGUAUAGAGUUUUUUACUAUGUUACAUUUACAGUGGGUAAAUUUGGUUCGGCGAGUGAUGUGUCUGUUAGGAUUUUGGCACCUUCGUUUAGUACACACUCAUAUGGAAUGAAUCAGAGGAUGGUGGUUUUGAAGUUGAUUGGGGUAACGGAAGUGAAUUUUGGGACUUAUUAUGCUACUGUUGUGGGACCAUCUACUCAAGAGAUUGCACCACCAGGUUAUUAUAUUUUGUUUUUAGUGCAUGAAGGUGUGCCUAGUUCUGGAACAUGGGUGCAACUCAUGUAGUUUUUGGUUUAGUUAGUUAGAUAUUUUUUAGUGACUUAAGUACGUGUUAGUUAGAAGGAAUGGAUUAGAUGCAUGGUUGCAAAUUAUCAUGGAGAGUGUAUUAUGUUAAUUUAUGUGCAGGGCAAGCCCAUGCAUAAGGCAAUUAAAGUCCUUGUUUUAGUCCUUCAAAUUUUGGCUCAAAUAAAAAGGCUUCUAAAUCUUCAAAAUUUAGGUUUAGUCUAUAUACAAACAACAAAAAUGCUUAUUAUUAUGAACAACAAAAACAAGAAAGGCAAAGAAGAAAUUUAGACCAUCAUUUACAAUUACUACUCCUAUGAUUUCAGCAAAACUUUGACUAAUUAGUCUUAU